AUGCCGAGCCUCUCUAUGCCGAGCCUCCCCAUGAUGCCGAGCCUUCAGGCGCCGAGUCCAAGAAAGCGAAGGCAAUGCGGCCCGGAGACGCCUCGGAAAACCCGCUCCGAGUCGCCUGCUGCUGCAAAUUCCACCGAUGCUUUCGCGGAUCCUAACAAUGCCGCUCCAAGAUUCUUUAGAUUUAUCCAAGAUCCUGCCGCAGAGGCUUCUGAGACUCCCGCAGACGGUGCCGCUUCCGCUUCUGCAGAUCUUAACCACGCGGUUCCAAAAUCUGGCAGGGAGGGGGAGGGGGGAAAUCCGCCAACCGAGCUUGCUACGAUUUUCUGCAACGACUGGCCUGCAUAUCGACAGGCAGAGACGCCUCGAACCUUUAGCACCACGGCUCAACGCGGCGCUAUCACCGCCGCGCAAUGCGGUGGCUCUACUGUUACUGGACCGGUUACGGAGCGCUCCCCUCGACCGCCGCGCCGCCGCGAAACCCGUCAGCCUCCGCUAACGCCGAGGGCUGCCACUCUCCCUUGGGGAAUGCGGUCGCCGCCAGCUCCGGCGGAAGCAGAUCCCGCUGACGAGUCCGCUGUUCUGCCACCCCGCUUGACAUUCUCCCCCGUCUCCUCCGCCUCCCCCGCCUGUUCCGCCUUCCCCGCUUCCCCCAAGCUGCUCGUAUUGCCGGAUUCCGCCUUCUUCCGUUCGCCGCGCAUCCCCGAAGCGCGUUUCGCCUCUCCCCGAACGCCCGCUCCUCUCGAGCCGCUUCAAAGCACUGCCCCGCGGCCUCCGGUCUUUCGUUCCGCGGCAUCUCCGCGGGCGUGUGACACUGCACCGACUACUCCCACGUGUCCGCCCCUCGUCGAGCCGCGACUGCCGCGAGCGCGCACGUGUGUCGUUCCCGCGGAUAGCGACGAAAGCGCGCUCGCCGCCUCCGCGGACGCGUCCGCCAUCCGCAGAGCAUCAUCCGCCUCGUGCUACUCCCCCGCGUCUGCAUGUGCGGCGAAUGUCGCCGUUGACCGCGUUGACCCGGUCAACGGCCACGUGUCAACAUGCGAGUGGGCUGAGGCUGCUGGCGUGGACACACUGGACAUUCCGCCAUGGGUUCGAGAGAAACUUUCCGCUUCCCGCGCGGAAGAGGCGCAGAAGAAUGAGUCGGCCGCGCUCACAAGACUUAGUCGCAUAGACCGCGAAACUAUGGCGGACGGCGAGAAGCGAGCGGGACGCGUCGAAUGCGACGGCGAGUGCGGCAAGGUGUGCAGCGGCGAGCGCGCGGAGAGUCGAAUCCGCGACAGGGGCGCGGAGGGCGAGAAGCCGAGCCUGUGGGACAUCAUGCAGUGGGAAUCCGAUAUGAUCGCGUCCGCCUGCUCGACUGCCGCUGCUAAAUCUCCCCGACAGCCGUUUAUCAAGCGGUACCGCUCCGCGUCUGCUCUUCCCACCACUCCGCCUCCCACGCCGUCCGCGUCGAAAGCGUCGCUGACGGUCCAGAUUUGCGACGAUGCGAGCGCCAACGGCGGAGAUCUGUCGUUUUUCGAGGAGCUGCUGCUGGAGUUCGGCGCGGGUGAGGGGGAAGAGGCGGGCGGAGAAGCGGGCGGAGAGAUGGAGGAAGAACGGGGAUGGGAGGAAGAAAUGUGCAUUCCGGCGGAAGAAAAAGCUCAGUUCGAGGAGGUUCCGCCGGUUGUGCCGGAGGUGGAUGACAAGUGUGGUAGUUAUUCGGUGAAAAUGGAAAAUAACGGGAAAGCUGACGGCGGGGAGGGGUUAAUGAAUAACGCGGAAUGCAUUUUUGAGCGGAUUCAGGAAAUGGAGGACGAGGGUGCGGAGAUGGGGCGUGAAAGGGCGAGGAUGGCGGAAGAUGGGGCAGAAAUGGCGGCCGAUGAGGGGGGGACGCCGCACGAUGAGGGGGAGAUGGCGGAUGAAGGGGGUUGGAUGGCGGACGAGGCGGAAAUUCAAACCAAUAAGCUUUCGCAUGAUCAGCCUGCUGCUGUCAGCGAUCUGCUUAGCAGUGUUCAGCUGGAGCGGAAACACGGGGAAGUGGGGGAGGCAGAAGCGGAGCAGCAGAACGCGCCGCAGUAUGGCUCACCGUUCCGUUCCGCGCAUGGUUCCCCGAGUGCCCCUGCUGGCGGAUUCGCGCAGAUGUGGUCAGAAGCAUGGGCGGAUGUCGCGGAUGCGGAAAUACCAGGGCUGACGGGGAACUGCAUGUUCCGGCCGUAA